AUGUCUGACGACGAAUUUGAACAGGCUCCCGAUGAAUUGUCCGUCGACGUCGUCACUGCACAUGACACCAUGGUUAGGCUAGAGACUUCGGCCAAAAAAAGUAUCAACAAGUCGCAGGAUGAGAGACGGCAAAACUUCUCAGUACUGCUUGUUGACUUAUUCAAUUACUCUGUCAAAAGAACUAUCCUCAUGAUCCUCAUUGGUGUCCUCGGUUACUUCCUAGCUUCCCGCGGAGUAGUGGCUAUAGAUUAUUACUUUGAUCAACGCGAGAUGGUUUCUGGUCUUGAAGCGCCCAAGGAAUUCAGAAUUCCGCACCAUACUUGUAAAGACUACGUUACCCCUCAGACUUCUGCACCAAGGUGA